AUGUCGCCGCCGAGUCGACACUGCAAUCCUCCCUUCCGCGCCGAACACCUUGGUUCCCUCCUCCGGACCGAAAAGCUCCUCGAGACUCGCCAUGCGUGGGAAGGAGGCAAGAAACCCGCCGAGGAACUCGAAGCCGUCGAGGAUGCCGACGUAAAGGACAUUGUCAAGCUGCAGCUUGACCUGGGCUUCCAUGCCAUUACGGACGGCGAGUAUCGCCGGCACAUGUUCUGGGGUUCUUUCUGGCCCGGUCUCGAAGGCAUGACCGAGAUCGAACAUCCCGACGCGGAUCUCUUCCGCAUGUAUAUUCCCGACAUUGCCGCAUUUACAGAAGAAGGAUACAAGCCCGGCGAGACGGUGUUGUGUACCGGCAAGAUCAGACAUGUGGGCAGUACGUACACUGCUCAAUUUGAUUUCUUGAAGAGCUUGGUGCCUCAGUCCAAGUGGAAAGACUUGAAGCUCACACCGGCGGCCCCCAACUGGUACCAUCUCAGAUACAAAGAGGGCAAGGCGUACCCCAAGCAUGUGUACAAGAAUGAUGAUGAGUACUUCGCCGAUGUGGCCAAAGCGUACCAGGCGGAGCUCAAGAUCCUGUACGAUCACGGGUUGAGGAAUGUCCAAUUCGACGAUCCCAAUCUGGCCUACUUCUGCUCUGAAGCCAUGAUCGAAGGCUGGAACAAAGAUCCUCUCAAUACGUACUCGACGGACAAACUUCUCGAGAAAUAUACCGACCUGUACAAUGCGUGCGUCGCGGAAAUUCCCUCAGACAUGCAUGUCGGCGUGCACCUCUGUCGCGGCAACUUUGUCAAUUCGCGGCACUUCUCCGAGGGCGGCUACGACCGAAUCGCCACCAUCUUGUUCCAGAAACUCAACAUGCACACGUACUAUCUCGAGUACGACACCGAUCGAGCCGGCGGGUUUGAACCGCUGCAGCACUUGCCCAAGAACAAAAAUGUCAUUCUGGGCGUCAUCACCAGCAAGUUCCCCGAGUUGGAGGACGAGGAUGAGAUGGUCGCCCGGGUCAAAGAGGCGGCCAAGUGGAUCGCAAAGGGCACAGGAGAGAUCGAGAAAGAAGCCCUGGCAAGAUGUGGAGUCAGUCCGCAGUGCGGGUUCGCUAGUCAUUCGAGCGGCAAUGCGGUUAAGAUGGAAGACAUGAUUGCGAAAUUGAAGCUGGUGAGGAAGAUCGCUGAUCGUAUCUGGCCAGGCGAGCCGUGA